GCAGGCUCGCGCUUCGGCACUGGUGCUGGCAGGCUCGCGGGCGCGGCGCCGUUACUCGCGGUGGGGCCGGAGCGCAGGCGGCGGCACAGGCGGCACAGGCGGCACAGCGCCCCGCGCACCCCGCGCCCGAGCAGCAGCGGCAGCGGCAGCGGCAGCAGCAGCAGCGUCAGCGGCCAGCAGCGCCGCCGCGGAGGCCCCCGCCGCCGUCUCAGCCCCUGAGCUGGUGCAGCCCCCCUCGCCCCCUCUGCUCGUCCUGCGCUCGCCCGCACCAUGGCCGAUCAGCUGACCGAGGAGCAGAUCGCUGAGUUCAAGGAAGCUUUCUCCCUGUUUGACAAGGAUGGUGACGGCACCAUCACCACAAAGGAGCUUGGGACUGUCAUGAGGUCACUGGGCCAGAACCCAACAGAGGCCGAGCUGCAGGAUAUGAUCAAUGAGGUGGACGCUGACGGAAACGGCACCAUUGACUUCCCAGAGUUCUUGACUAUGAUGGCUAGAAAAAUGAAAGACACAGACAGCGAAGAGGAGAUCCGUGAAGCAUUCCGAGUGUUCGACAAGGACGGUAACGGCUACAUCAGCGCUGCAGAGCUCCGUCACGUCAUGACAAACUUAGGAGAAAAACUAACAGACGAGGAAGUAGAUGAAAUGAUCAGAGAAGCAGAUAUUGACGGGGACGGACAAGUCAACUAUGAAGAAUUCGUACAGAUGAUGACUGCAAAAUGAAGACCUACUUUCAACUCCUUUAUCCCCCCCUCUAGAAGAAUCAAAUUGAAUCUUUUACUUACCUCUUGCAAAAAAAAAAAAAGUUCAUUUACUCAUUCUGUUUCUAUAUAGCAAAACUGAAUGUCAGAAGUACCUUCUGUCCACACACACCCAAAAUCUGCAUGUCUUGGUUGGUGGUCCUGUCCCCUAAAGAUCAAGCUACACAUCAGUUUUCCGAUAUAAAUACUUGUACUACCUUAACGAUAAGGAAGCACUUAGUGGAUCCGCGCAGUUCCAUUUGCUAAUGAUUACUACACUGUUUGGGCUGGCCAGUUUUUCAUGCAUGCGGCUUGACAAUUGAGCACAGUCAGGCAUUUGUAUUAAAAAAAAAAAAAAGAAAAAAAAACAAAAAAAAGAGAAAAAAAUCCAAAACCUAGUCCAAUGGGUUCUAGUUCCGUUUGUUAGCAUAAAUUGUCAUAGCUGGUUUACCAGAAGGAAAAGAAAAGGAAAAAAAAAACCCAACCCAUUAAAAAUUGGUUUACCUCGAGGUGCUGUGCAGAAAAAGGGGUGAAGGAGAAACUGUCCAGUUAGAGUUCCCCUCGCAGAAUGGCCCUCCUGCACUUCCUGUGUCCCCAGCCGUGGCGCGGUGACACCCCCUCGCAGGGGCCCGGCCCGAGGGCUGGCUUAGCGCUGUCUGCAUCGUGCCAGGGCGAGACUUUGAGGCUGUCACUGCUGACACAAAUUUUUAGACCCCUUUUCUCAAGGGAGUAUCUUUGGACUCUCUUUUUAAAACCUUCCCCACCUUGACCUGGGAGCCCUAGGGUAGUCGGCCGGGGCUGUGGGCUUCCGCCCCCCCCACCCCCGUCAGCAUCGCUGUUCGAGAAAUGACAAUUUCUGUCCAUUCCAAGUUAUAAAUGCUAGUCCUUUUUUUUUUUUCUUUCAAUAAAGAAAGACCAUUAACUUAAAGUGGUGUUACAUGCUUUGUAAAGCUGAGAUCUAAGAGGGGACAGGGCAGUCGGACGGGAGUCCGGUGCACCCCGCAGACCCCCGCCCGUCUCCCCAGCCCCAACCUCAGAGCGGAGACCUCGCCUACAAGGCAAGCAGAUUCGCCAUUGCUUCAUCCUAUUUAUGGACAUAGGUCUACUUGUACUUUGGGGGGAGGGCGGGCGGGGGUGGGGGGUGGUGAAUUACAGUAACUUAAUUCAGGCGGUAGAGCUCUGAAGGGGGGAAAAAAAACACUUUCUCAAGCAUGUAUUUAGGGGUUCUUCUCAGUCGUGCUGCUGAUAACCUGUCGUAUGUAACUCUGUGAGACCAUCUGCAAGAGACAGGCUCUGCGGCGUCUGUAACGCGAUCUUCUCGCUGUGUGUGGUAGCAGUAGUCCCUUCUCUAGAGCCAGUCUCAUGCCUAAAAGACACUACUAGCCGUCACCUUUGGAUUCGGGAGUUUCGAUUCAUGAUUCUGUUGACCUUUGCCUCGACUUUAAGAAAAAAAAAAUAUUUUUUUUUUUUAAUUUUUAUUUUUAACGUCUUUAGUUGACUUCGCUUUUUCUCCAACCCCCCUCCAGCAAGCAGAACUAAUGCUGGGCUCCAGCCUGAAAAUAAAACUGCAGCCCAGAGUGAAUUUUGUGUCUAAUUAUAAACCAGUAACCCACACUCAGAUGCGGGCCCUGGGAGCGGCCUGGUGGGGGAGGCCCUGAGCAGCAUGGCUGCGUGUCGUGGCAAACUCUGUGAAGGCUGAUGUGCAUUAUUAUUAUUCUUCCCCCCCCCCACCCCCAAGGUGUUUAUGGACUAUCUUCAUAGCAAGGAAGUCGGGGUUUUGAGCGUUGUGUAGGGGGAGGUUUGAAUUUGCCGGGGAGGCCAGGAGUUGCUCCUGGCAGCCAGAGCUGCGUGUUCUGAACCCCCUGGCUGCUUCCUCUCCUACUCCCUGUUCCUCCGGCGCUGCGGAGCUUGUCCGACUCCCGCCGGGGGGCGAGGUCAGAGCAGUGGAGAGGAGCUGCCCGCUGGGCCCGGCCGGGCACUGCGUGGCAGAGGCAGAUGCCAGGAGCGAGGGUGGGCUUCCGCAGGCCCCCCGGUUCUGGACAGGGCUCCUGCUAGCUUGGGGCCUCUGGCGGGGUGUGGGACCCAGGGCUGGGUUCCUGGAAGUGUCAGUUUCCAUGGUUACCUGGCGGUUUCUCUCCUAGGGCGCCCCUAGUGGCCUGACUGUUGACCCAGCCUGGGGCCCGAGACCUGGUUGGUAGCUUGGGAAAGGAAUUUUGGGCGCGGGGUGCUUGUUUUCAAAAACUUGCCUUUCACUCCGUUUUUCUGGAAGCAGGCGGGGGUGGGGGUGGGGGUGGGACUCCCAUUUUUGUGGUCUCAGUCUUCCGAGACUACCUUUGGGUCCAUGUUCUUGUGUGGCCAGCAUCCUGCCUGGCAGCCGGAAGUGUCUCCCAUCUCCUCCCCAGGGGAUGCUGAGUGUCAUUGGGUGCACAGGUGAAGCCUUGUCCGAAGAAGCCUUUGCUCCCCCAGCUGGCAGUGGGCACGGCCAGCGCCGGGGGCUGGGGGCUGGUGUCUGCAGGGCUCGGGAGUUGGUGUGUGGAGGAGAGGGCCAGGCCGACCUCACCUCGGGUGUUGCGAGCACCUUCCCGUCCACCCUCGCCCCUCCUUAGAACUAACUGCUCUAUAAAUACUAUACAUAGGUUUAUAUAUACAAAGUGACUAGUUUAACUGGCAUCCCGCUUGAGCCUGAGUCUUGCCGUAAAAGACUGCUGCGUUCUUGGCACUCACUCCCGCGGUCCCGUUCUCCGUCCGUCUGGGGCAGGUGGCGAGGCAAGGCGUCGGCCCCUCCCUCGGGGUCCGCUGCCGCGCCGCCGCCAAGAAAGGCUUUUUUUUCUGCUCUUUUGACAAACCGAAUUUUUUGCACACAUCAAUUGGUGUCUUUUCGGCAACUUAAAAAAAACACAUCGAAGAUUAGCGACUGUACAUAUUUUUAUAUUCUCUUUAUAAUAAAUGCAUGUCUGACUACCUGUAAGCAAUUGUGACCAGUGGCUGUCCCGCCGGCCCGGCUCUGCUGCGGCCGGUCAGCGUAGCAGCGUAUUUAACUAACCCCUCGGCAUAUUGGGAACUUCUUCCUAAACAAAGAAUGUAAAUUUGGUCAAGUCUGCUCUUGGUUUCAUUCACUUAUUUAAACCUUUGGAAUUAUUGUAUAUCCUAAAGAUUCUGAUCUCUUUGGCAGUGACUAGAUUUCCACGAAUGUGUCUUAAAACAAUCUCUCCCUUGAUCAACUGGCAAUUACUCUUUUCUUUUUUUUUUUUUUUAAAGAAAAAAAAAAGAAACAAAAACUCGAAGUCGUCCCUUAGGUGACAGAAAUCCCUUGCUGUCCCUAACUUCCCUGGGAGUAGGAAGGAAGGUCGUGGCCUGGGUGGAGGGCGUUCUCUCUCCAGAUGUCGCCCGGUGUUCAUGACACACGUCCAUGGCAGAGACGGGUGGUGGUUCCUUGGUGGACGCGCGCAGCGGCUGUUGGCAGCAGAGGGACUUGCAAGUCCCUGUAAAUCUUGAGAUCAACUGUCUGGAGAUUUAAACCACCUCUCUGAUGGGGGACCAACUCUAUGGAAAUUGUAAAUAACGUUUAUUAUUUAUAAACCUGGCACUGUAUUCAAUAAACAUUUCUGCAGCCUUUCAUCUCUA